AUGCUUUGUGACAGCCCGUGCGCACAGCAGCUUGGCAAAAAAUGUGCUCAGGACGACACUGGUGGGGUCAGAUCUGGCUUCCUUCCUCCGGAUUUCAAGCUGCCCACGCUGUUUUCUGACUUGGCGCAAGGCUUUUCGGGACGGUUCUGCGCCGACCUGCCGGCCUGCGAGCGGCUGAGGAAGGUCCGCGCCGAGGUGGAGCUGCAGGGGGCAGAUGUACAGAACCCGGUGCAACCUCCCACUAGCAGGAUCGCCCUGGGCCUGCGCAGAGACUUGGACCAUGCGGAGGCGCAGGAGCUGGCCCAGCUCCGCCGCAGCUGGUCGGACGAGCAGCCGCAGCGUGCCGGGGGCCCCGGCCGCUUCGCUCGCUCGCGGGGCCUCGGGGCCUUGGGGCCGGGGGAAGGUCUGCUUCGCGAAACCGGGGACCUGGAACGCAGCCUGGCGCGGCGGCCUAGCCGCAGCCGCGGGUGCAGAUGCGCUUUCCAGGCUCAGCGGGAGCGGUCCCUGGGCGAGCGCCUGUCGCACUGUGAGAAGCGAGGAGAAGAUCUCCGCGCCUUCCAGGCGCCGCUCGAAGCUUUGAGCCAGGGCUCCUUUCCAGCGGCUUCCAUGAGGAAGCAGCUCCGAUCCGCCUUGAGCCGUGAGACAAAUGUCCUGGAGGUGCUGCGGGAGACGAAAGCCAAGCUGACGCUGCGGAAUUACAACGAUGCACUCUUGGAGUGUGCCAAGGCCAGUGUCUGGCAAACCACCUGCGAGAUCUUGUGGUCCAUGCCGGAGCUUGCUGUGCGCCCGGAUAUUUCGAGCUUCAACUCCUCCAUCAGAUCUUGCAAGCAAGGCCAACAGUGGCAGUCCGCCCUGCUCCUCUUUGAGUGCAUGCCACAUCACAGCAUCUCGCCGGAUAUAAUCAGCUUCAACACCACCAUCAGUUCACUCGAGAAGGGUGGGCAACACAAGCGUGCUCAGAGCUUCUUCGGCAACAUGAUGCAGGAGGCAGUCACCCCGGACGUCAUCAGCUUCAAUUCCACCAUCAGCACCUGCAAGCAUCGCCGACAGUGGCAGCUCGCACUACAACUCUUCGAGUCCAUGCCAAAGCACGAAGUGCUUCCAGACCUCAUCAGCUUCAACACCACCAUUGACUGCUGCGGCCAGUGGCAAACUGCCCAGCGCCUGCUGGGCACAAUGGCCUCCUCGAAGGUUUCGCCCAGUGACAGCACCUGGGCCGCCGCCAUCAGCUGCUGCGAGCGCCAGGCCCAGUGGCAGCUCGCCCUGCGUUGGCUGCCCUUCGCGGACCGCCCCGACGCCGCCGCCGAGGGCGGCCGCAGCGCCGCGAACGGCGCCCUGGCCUCGGCGAUGCGCGGCUGCGCCAAGGCGCGGCAGUGGCAGGCGCUGACGAAGCUUCUGGAGGGCCUCAAGGCCUUGAAGGCGCCGGAGGCUUCGAAGCUCUCGGAAUUAUUCAACGCCGGCAUCGGGCAUUGUGAGAAAGGGAGCCAGUGGCAAUUGGCUUUGGACCUGCUGGAAGCCAUGCCAGCGGCGCGCGCGGUGCCAGACGUGUUGAGUUUCUUGGGCACCAUCCGCGCGUGUGAGAAGCGAGGCGUGUGGCGGACGGCCUUGGGCUUGCUGAAGGCCAUGGACACUGCGGAGGUUUCGCCGGACGCACGGACCUUCAAUGCCGCCAUCGCCUGCUGCGAGCCCCGAGGUCACUGGCAGCUAGCGUCGCAUCUGCUGGAGGCCAUGACCGAAUCGCAGCUGCAGCCCAAUGCCACCACCCGCACCUUGAUGCGCGGCUUCGGAAGUGUGGAAUUUUGCUUUUGA